AUGCCUCCUCGUCCGCGACCGGUUGUAAAACCUGACAGGGGUGCUUACCCCGAAGAUGACCCUUUCAUCGACGACCUCCCCGAGCGUUAUCCUGACGACGGUCAGAGCGACGACGGCCGUGGCUCUGAUGAUGGCCUUGACGACGGCCGUAGUGAUGGCGGUGCUUCUGUACAGCGUGCUCGCGAGCGCUCGCCUUUGCACUCCGAAGACGGGGAUGAUCUUCGCCCUCUCGCACCUUCUAAGGCUGUCAAAGCGCGAGUCGGUAACCGCACGCGCGACUCGUACGACUCCCGCACGGACGGCGGUCAUCGCCGUCUGCGUUAUCAGUCUCCUGAGGUGUUGGAAGAUGCCGCUUCUGAAGUUAGACAUGGCGCAGCGUCUACUCGGGGUCGCAGAUCCGAUCGUAAGACGCGCGUCGAAUACGAGUCUGCCGACGAAGGCGUCGUGUCGGAUGACGGUCGACAAUCCUCCCGAGUUCAGUUUUCGCGCCCGCGCCCGGCGGAUCCUAAGCGUGGAUUUGUACCCUCUCAGCGGGGUCGCGAUCUCGUCACGCUUACGCCGGAGAAGGCUCAUAAAGCUUACCUUUCACCGCCACCUACCGAGAAAAAACCCCUGGUCGUCCCCCCAACGCCUAAUGCUAAGAUGUCGCGCAGGGCUUCCAAACUUCCCGCUCGUGAGCUAUCACCCGGCAAUGACCACGACGUGUACGCGGCUGUCACAUCCGAGGAUGACGUACAACCUGACAUCCAGCUGAAGCGUCGUCGACGGGCUAUGCUAAACUCCCAAGUUGUUGAGAUCACUAGCGACUCUGAUUUUCCCUCCGUGCUCUCACCCCGUAAGCCUGCUGUGAGUGUCAUUCUUCUUCCGUUCGAUGGAGGUAGCAUUUACAGGCACCCCAUUCAGCGCAUGGCUUCCGAUACAGACAGGGCCCACCUUCGUGACGAUGACGGAGACGACGACGAGGACGAGAAUGGAAAUUUACGUGGCUUUGUUGUCUCUGACAAUGAAGAUGUUUUACGCCCGCGUAAGCGUGUGCGUCGUAAUGAUGGCGAUGCCGGGGACCCCGUUGACAGGCGCGUUUCCCCUCUUUGA